AUGAACCCUGGGGAUAUAUACACCCCGCCGCAUGGCCGACAACAACAGCAGCAGCAGCAGCAGCAAGGAGGAUACACUUCACCAACUCAUCAGCCUCACUCCCAAGGUCAACCAUUCCCUUCUUACCCUCCCACCCACCAGCAACAACAACCACAAGCAAUAUCAUACGGUGCACCACCUUCACAUCAUUACCCAUCCGAUCCCAACCCACAGUACUCUUCACCGAUGACCAACCCAUACGACACACCACCACCUCUCCAUCAAUCUCACUCAUCCCCUCCCCCACAGAUCUUUCCCAAUCCUCAAUCACAGCCAUAUGGGGAUCCCUUCAACCCGCCUGCGCCUCCCCAACAAGUGAAUCAGGGAUGGGCAGAACCGCAGGGUAGUAGACAUUAUGCUUCUCAACCCCUUUCACCGACCCACCAUCAUCAAUCAAUGGGUGGUGGUGCUCCAAGAUACUCUUUACCCGUUCAACAACAACCGUAUGGCUCUCCUUCACCUGUGCCUGUGCCUUUAAGUCCACCAGGAGGUGGAGGAAGAACGAGAUUCGAUUCAAAUAUAUCAUUUCACUCUUCGGCACCUCUAUCAUCUUACGAUAAUAGGUUAUCUUCCCCACCUCCAUUACUACCUCACGACUCAUCUUCCUCAUCCAUGUCCAACUUGGCAGGACUGGCACAUCAUCCGUCCUACCCUCCGCAUGGGUAUGGUAACCACGUAGCUGGCGGACAAGAUGACGAUAUAAACGAUUCUGCACCGCUGUUAUCCCAUGCUGCACCUGAUGCGAGAUUCGGUAUCCCCUCACAGAAUCAAUCAAGGUAUCAAUUAUCGGAUAAUGGACCUUCGCAAGGUGAUGGAGGAGAUGUGGGGAUGCUACCAGGACGAUGGGUCGACAAUGAACAGCAAAGGAAUGGAUAUUCGAUACCGCCACAGCAAGGACAGGAUGAUGAAGAGGUGAAUGUCCAUUAUGGACCGUUACCUACCAGGGUGGUGAGAAGGAACAGGACUCAGAAAAGGGUACAGUUAUUCCGAGGUCACUUGGUGUUGGAUAUAGACGUACCUACAAUGUUACUGGAUCAAUGUCCUAUAAGAGAGGGGAAUGAGUUUACGAAGAUGAGAUAUACGGCUGUUACUUGUGAUCCCAAUGAUUUUGUUGAAGAUAAAUAUACACUUCGUCAGAGAUUAUAUGAUCCACCUAGACAGACUGAGCUAUUCAUCGUUAUCACGAUGUAUAACGAAGACGACGUCCUGUUUUGUCGAACGAUGAGAGGUAUCAUGCAGAAUAUCGCUCAUUUGUGCACGAGGAAUAAAAGUAAAACAUGGGGCCAAGACGGCUGGAAGAAGGUCGUCGUGUGUGUGGUAGCAGAUGGACGAUUGAAGAUCAACCCACGUACGAGAUCGGUGUUGGCUGCUUUAGGUGUAUACCAAGAUGGAGUGGGUAAAAACGUUGUCAAUGGAAAACCUGUAACAGCACAUCUGUAUGAAUAUACCACCCAACUAUCGAUAACAUCUAAUGGGAAGAUUGGACCGGGUGGUUCGAAUACUGUGCCUAUACAGGUGAUAUUCUGUAUGAAGGAAAAGAAUCAGAAAAAGAUCAACAGUCAUAGAUGGUUCUUCAAUGCUUUUGGAGCUUGUUUGAAGCCCAAUGUCUGCGUCCUUUUGGAUGUUGGUACUCAACCAGGUCCAGACUCGAUCUACCAUCUCUGGAAAGCAUUCGAUAUCAACUCGUCAGUAGGAGGUGCAUGUGGAGAAAUCGUAGCUUUGAAAGGGAUGUUCUGGAAGAAUCUCUUGAACCCUCUGGUCGCCGCUCAGAACUUCGAGUAUAAAAUGUCGAAUAUAUUGGACAAACCACUGGAGAGUAUCUUCGGGUACAUUACUGUGCUGCCGGGAGCUUUCUCAGCCUACAGGUAUAUUGCUUUGCUUAAUGAUGAUCAUGGGAAUGGACCUUUGAAGCAGUAUUUCAUCGGUGAGACGAUGCAUGGUGCAGGUGCAGGUAUCUUUUCCGCAAAUAUGUAUCUCGCCGAAGAUCGUAUCUUAUGCUGGGAAUUGGUCAGCAAGAGACAAUGUAAAUGGAAAUUACAUUAUGUCAAAUCGGCAUACGCUAUCACAGAUGUACCCGAUACCGUGCCGGAGUUGGUCUCUCAGAGAAGAAGAUGGUUGAAUGGAUCUUUCUUCGCUGCUAUACAUUCGAUCGUACAUUUCGGGUAUCUCUAUAGGUCAUCGCAUACCUUCACAAGAAAACUUUUCCUUCAUGUCGAAUUGGUGUAUCAAACCUUGAGCAUGAUCUUCGCUUGGUUCGCUCUGGGAAACUUCUACAUCGCCUUUUUCGUUUUGACAAGUUCUCUCAACUCACUCGGAUCAGCCUGGAAAUACGUCAAUACGCCCUUACAUUACUUAUAUAUCGCUUUGCUGUUGUGGUGUUUCUUGUUGGCUUUGGGUAAUAGACCUGCAGGAUCCAGAGUCGGUUAUACGAGUAGUAUGGUUGGAUUCGCGUUAAUCACUAUUUAUAUGCUAUUUGCAGCUAUCUACCUUGCAGUGAGAGGUAUUCAGAGUAUAACUGCCGACGGAUCGAUCAGCGCGGACGAUAUUUUUGGCAACAAGAUAUUCAGGAAUAUUGUCGUAUCACUCGCUGCGACGUAUGGUCUAUACAUCGUCUCAUCGCUUUUGGCAUUGGAACCGUGGCAUAUGCUCACUUCUUUCUUGCAAUAUCUGUUAUUGGCUCCAAGUUACGUCAAUGUGCUAAACGUAUAUGCAUUCUGUAAUGUACAUGAUGUUUCUUGGGGUACAAAAGGUUCCGAUAAGGUAUCCGAAGAUCUGGGAGUCGUCAAAUCCGAUUCGAAAGAUGAAGUAACAGUGGACGUUCCGGUAGAACAACAAGAUCUGAACGCGGUGUACGCCUCAGAAUUGAGAGUAUUAGCUACAAAAGCUCCGAAAGAGGUGAAAGUCGUCUCGGAUGAUCAGAAGCAGGAGGACUAUUAUAAGAACGUCAGGACAAAUGUACUAUUAGCUUGGACCAUGUCUAAUGGAGCUUUGGCAGCUGCUAUUUUACAAACGAGCGGUGGAGAUAGUGCUUUGGCAACUACAUAUAUGGGUAUUCUGUUAUAUACCGUCGCUGGUCUUGCUUUCUUCCGGUUCGUCGGUUCUACGUCGUAUCUCAUUGUAAGAUUGUUUGCUGGUGAAUAA